AUGGCAACACCCUAUCUUGACGAGAAUUUAGCCACAGCUCACUUCUUCAGCCCGAGCGAAGCCACAAAACCAUUCGACACGAAUGGGGAUGGAUAUUACAGAGGUGAGCGUGUCAGCUUGGUCGUGCUCAAAAACCGUUUCGACGCCCUUGCGGACAACGACAAUGCGCUGGAUGUCAAUACCGUUCUUCAUUCCGACUUUCAAAGUGAACUAUACCACCGCGUGCCAAAGGAGGCCGGCAAUUUCCCCCAAGAUAUCCACCUUGUGGAAGCUCACAGGACUGGCAUACUAGUGAGUGGCCUUUUCGAAACGGAGAGUAUCAGGAACAUCUUAAGAGGCCCAGAGAGGAGUGCACCGUUCUUUAUGUCAUCUAGCAAUAUAGGUUAUCUCGAAGGUGCCUCCGGCGUUGCUGGGCUCAUCAAAGCUAUCCUGCAGAUGGAACACCGCACUGCGUGCGUGCACGCCUCGUUUCAAACACUGAAUCCUAAAAUCCCAGUUCUUGAGCCAGAGAACUUCAGCAUACCAACGUCGAAUCGGCCUCGGUCAGGAAACAUCUUGACCGCUUGUAUCAACAACUAUGGUGCUGUCGGCAACAACGCUGCCAAUGCUUGUUGA